GACGGAGCAUUCAGUGGUCGAACGCGAUAGAGAUUUAAACCACUGAAACCACAGACAUCAAAAUACGAUCGGGAAAAUGUUAUCGCUAGUUAUCACGUGUUAUCGCAUUGCUAUGGAAAUCACAUAACUAAAAGUUUAUUUUCCUCCGUUGUUUCAAUAGUUGACGAUCACCAUUGUUACUCAAUUGUUAUUGCCUCUAUUAUCCAGGCUUCUCCCUACGUAAUACACAAUGUCAAAAUUACCACGUAUAACUAGGUCCUUGCGGAUGUUUACUUCCUUAGAACGCAGAAGAGAAACAUUAGAACCAAAUGAUGUACUGAGAAAAAGGCAAGAGCAGGAAAAAAAAUUAAAAAGCAAUUUUAAUUGGAAUGAUAUAUGUGAAAAUGCAUCUAAAGAACUUAUGGUAUAUUUAUUAAAACUGAGAAAUGUUGUACAACAAGCUUUAUUGGAUGCCUCGCCAGAUGUCAUAAAUGAAUUUACAGUUUUUACAUUGCAUUUAUUAAUCCAUAAAGAAACAUUAACGCAAGAAGAAUAUAAUAUGCUUGGCCAAAAAUCAGGACACAUAUCAUUUACUUUGGCAAAUGUUAUAAUGCAGAUAAUCACAGAAAUUCAGACAAAAUUUUAUGAAGAAGCUAUACAAUUGUUAUCAGAAUUUAAAGAGAAUACAGAUGCUGAUAUUCCUGAUCGACACAUUUUUGGCACAAACAUUCCUUACAAUCAGGCAAGAGUUGUAUGGCCUGAUACUGAUAAACUUCAUAACAUGUCUACAGAAGGAACAAUUUCAAGUACUGAUAAAUUUACAAUGAUGAUACAUGAAACAAAGUCUUCAGUGCAAAAGAAAUCUUCAUUUGACAAAGCAACAUUCACAAAAGGAUUAAAAGAUUGCCAUAAAGCAAUCAGUAUAGAUAUAUCGUAUCAGAAUUUUGAAUCAGUAAUGGUGGAGAAGAUAAAAACCUCUGAAAAUAUACAAACCGAAUUAUUUGAUAUGCUAGGUUAUAAACAUUUAGAUUUUAUCGAAUAUAUUAUUGAACAUCAGAAGAUGAUCAUAUCGACGUAUUCAACCAUCCAAAAAGUGACCAAGAAAUCACAAACAAUUGCACCGAGACCUGCAAUCAGUAGUCAAGUAAUUGUACAAUCUGAAGAAGAAAAGCAGUUGAACAAACAGGUACGUAAAGAGGAAAAGAAAUGGAAUAAAAUGGCGAACAAGAGAGACGCCAAGUCGGAUGCUGAAGAAACUCAAAUUGAUCCGAUCUCAUUACGACUUCUAAGACAAGAAGCAUUGACAGCUAGCUGUAAACCACUAUUUCCAACAAAAAAUAUCCUGGAGCGAGGCACACAAGAACAGUAUCGUUUUGUAUUUGAUUCUAAAGCGAGUAUUAAGCAAACGAGUAUUGUAUCGGGAAAGAAGUUAUUGUUGGCCGAGGAUGUUAGGAGGGAGAACAAUAGUCUCUGCGAAGAAGUACACAUACCGAUACCGAAACAAGAUAUUAUCGACAUUCAAAUAAAUCCCGUGUUGAUAUCUUCUCUGGAUGAAAUUGGUCAAAUGGCUUUCAAUGGUGUGAAAUCAUUAAAUAAAAUCCAAAGUAUCGUUUUCGAUGUCGCGUACAACACUAACGAGAAUCUACUGAUUUGCGCGCCGACCGGAGCGGGAAAGACAAACGUGGCGAUGCUGACUGUGGUGCACCAAUUGAAGCAGAACAUUGAAGACGGACAGUUGCAGAAGAGCCAAUUCAAGAUAAUCUAUAUCGCGCCUAUGAAAGCCCUAGCAGCGGAGAUGACCGCCAACUUUAGCAAAAGACUCAGCCCUCUCGGCGUGUGCGUGCGCGAGUUGACCGGCGAUAUGCAACUGACGAAAUUGGAAAUCCAGCAAACCCAGAUGAUAGUAACCACGCCAGAGAAGUGGGACGUUGUCACCAGGAAGGGGACGGGCGACAUCGCCCUCACCAGCAUUGUAAGAUUACUGAUUAUCGACGAGGUGCAUUUGCUACACGGCGACAGAGGACCGGUGGUGGAGGCGCUGGUCGCGAGAACUCUGCGCCAAGUGGAAUCGUCGCAGAGUAUGAUCAGAAUAGUCGGACUGUCCGCCACGUUGCCGAACUAUGUGGACGUCGCGCGAUUUUUGCGCGUCAAUCCUCACAAGGGAUUGUUCUACUUCGAUCAGCGCUUCCGGCCGGUGCCGCUCAGUCAGACGUUUAUCGGCGUCAAGGCCGUCCGGCCGCUGCAGCAGAUGACCGACAUGGACCUCGUGUGCUACAACAAUGUCGUGGACAUGGUGAAGCAAGGCCAUCAGGUCAUGGUGUUUGUACACGCGCGGAACGCCACCGUAAGAAUGGCGAACGUGUUGCGCGAGCUGGCGCUGAACAACAACACACUCAAAUACUUUCAAUCGGACGAGCAGGCAAAGCAUGUGAACAAAGCCUUCAUCAAGUCGCGUAACAAGCACCUCGCUGAGUUGUUUAACAACGGAUUGUCGGUGCAUCACGCCGGCUUGAUGCGCUCGGACCGAAAUCUGGUCGAGAAAUAUUUCGCCGAUGGCCUGAUCAAGGUUCUGGUGUGCACAGCCACACUGGCGUGGGGCGUGAACCUGCCUGCGCACGCGGUCAUCAUACGAGGAACCGAGAUCUACGAUUCGAAGCACGGCUCGUUCGUGGACCUGGGCAUAUUGGACGUAUUGCAGAUCUUCGGUCGUGCCGGCAGACCGCAAUUCGACACGACGGGCCACGCGGUCAUUAUCACGUCGCAUGACAAGCUGUCGCACUAUCUGUCGCUACUGACGAAUCAAAUACCGAUCGAAAGCAGCUUUAUUACGUAUCUGGCGGAUAAUUUGAACGCCGAGAUAGCGUUAGGCACGAUAUCCAACGUGGCGGAAGCGGUCGAAUGGUUGAGUUACACUUAUUUGUUUGUGCGAAUGAAAUUGAACUUCCAGGCGUACGGCCUGGUCUAUCAGACCCUCCUGGACGAUCCGAAUCUCGAGAAGACGCGGAAAGGACUCGUGGAUAAGGCUGCCACGGCGCUGGACAAGGCACGAAUGGUUAGAUACGACAUGCGCACAGGUGAUCUCAGCACGACUGAUUUGGGGCGCAUCGCCAGCCACUAUUAUCUCAAGUACGACACCGUCGAAAUCUUCAACGACAUGAUGACAGACAUCAUGAACGAGGGGGAAGUUUUGGCGAUGAUAUCGCACGCACAGGAAUUUGAGCAGCUCAAAGUACGGGACGACGAGACAGGCGAGCUGGACGAGCUGCUGAACAGAUGCGAGCUCGUGGCGAAGGGCGGUGCGGAGAACGUCUACGGCAAGGUGAACAUUCUGUUGCAGACAUACUUGUCUAGGGGCCGCGUGAACACGGCCUCCUUGAUAUCCGAUCAGGCUUACGUCACGCAGAACGCCGCGCGGAUAGUCAGGGCGCUGUUCGAGAUCAUGCUUCGGAAGAACAACGCAGUGAUGGCCGGACGAAUGUUGGAAUUGGCGCGGAUGUUCGAGGCGCAGCAGUGGAGCUUCCUGACACCGUUGCGUCAGUUUGACUGCCUGUCCAUGGAGGUGAUCGAUAAAAUCGAGCAGCGAGAUCUCGCGGUCUAUCGAUUGCAGGAGAUGGAUGUGAAGGAGAUCGGCUUCAUCCUGCGGGACCAACGGGCGGCAAUGCUGGUGAAGAACUGCUGCAAUGAAUUGCCCGUGUUGGAAAUGGAAUACAAUUUGCAACCUAUCACGCGCACCGUUCUCAGGAUACGGCUCAAGCUGAUCCCGCAGUUCCAUUGGAAUGACAGAGUUCACGGGAAGAGCUCGCAGGCGUUCUGGAUAUGGAUCGAGGAUCCGGAUAACAACUUUAUCUACCACCACGAGUACUUCAUACUGACGAGGAAGAUGGUCUGCCAGCAACUCGAGCAGGAGCUUGUGAUCACGAUACCGCUGUCCGAGCCGUUGCCGGCGCAGUAUCUGGUGCGAGUCACGAGCGAUCACUGGCUCGGCUGCGAAAGCACGUUGCCGUUGACCUUCCACGAUCUCAUCCUGCCGGAGACUCAUCCGCCGCACACGAAUCUGCUGGAGCUGCAGCCGUUACCGAUCACCGUGCUGAAGAACGAGGCCUUCGAGAGUCUGUACAAAUUCACGCACUUCAAUCCGAUACAGACGCAAAUCUUCCACUGCUUGUAUCACACCGACAACAACGUUCUCCUCGGCGCGCCGACCGGCUCGGGGAAAACGAUCGCGGCGGAGAUCGCCAUGUUCCGCGUCUUCAAGCAACAUCCCGAUCAGAAGGUCGUUUACAUAGCGCCGUUGAAAGCUUUGGUGAGGGAGCGCAUAAACGACUGGAAGAUACGACUGGAGAGAGACCUGGGCAAGAAAGUGGUGGAGUUGACCGGCGACGUGUCGCCGGACGUGAAGAUCAUAGCCGGCGCGAGCGUGAUCGUCACGACGCCUGAGAAGUGGGACGGCAUCAGCCGAAGCUGGCAGACGCGUAACUACGUGAGGAAAGUGGCGCUCAUAGUGAUCGACGAGAUUCACCUGCUCGGCGAGGAUCGCGGACCAGUGCUCGAGGUGAUCAUCUCCCGCACCAACUUCAUAUCGUCGCACACGCAGAAGAAGGUCAGAAUCGUGGGGCUGUCCACCGCGCUCGCGAACGCGAUCGAUCUCGCCAAUUGGCUUGGCAUCCAAGAGAUGGGUCUCUACAACUUCCGUCCGUCCGUGCGACCUGUGCCGUUGGAGGUUCACAUCAGCGGCUUCCCCGGCAAGCACUAUUGCCCCCGAAUGGCGACCAUGAACAGACCGACGUUCCAGGCGAUCAGGCAACACGCGCCUUCCAGUCCCUCACUCGUGUUCGUGUCCUCCCGCAGGCAGACGCGUCUGACCGCCCUGGAUCUGAUCGCCUAUCUCGCGGUGGAGGAUAAUCCCAAGCAGUGGCUGCGCAUGCAGGAGGUAGAGAUGAAUAACAUCUUGGAGAAUAUAAAGGACUCGAAUCUGAAGCUCACGCUUGCCUUCGGAAUCGGCCUUCAUCACGCCGGCCUCCAGGACAGAGACAGGAAAACCGUGGAGGAAUUAUUUGUCAAUAAUAAGAUACAGGUAUUAAUUACUACAGCUACUUUGGCUUGGGGCGUCAACUUUCCCGCUCAUCUGGUUGUGAUAAAGGGCACGGAAUAUUAUGACGGCAAACUGAAGCGUUACGUAGACAUGCCGAUAACGGAUGUCCUCCAAAUGAUGGGUCGCGCCGGAAGACCGCAAUUCGAUAACUCCGGCGUGGCAGUCGUCCUUGUGCACGACUUAAAAAAGAGUUUCUACAAGAAGUUCUUGUACGAGCCGUUCCCCGUGGAGUCCAGUCUGAUGGAAGUAUUGCCCGAUCAUAUUAACGCCGAGAUCGUCGCCGGCACCAUCAAGAGCAAGCAAGAGUUUCUCGAUUACUUGACGUGGACGUAUUAUUUUCGAAGAUUGAUGAAAAACCCAAAAUAUUACAACCUGGAUGUCUUGGAGCCUCAGUGCAUCAAUGAAUAUCUCUCGAUGUUGGUGGAGGACACUUUAAAGACGUUAAUAGAUUCACUCUGCAUCGAUUUCGACGAGGACGAACAAGCACUAGUUUCACUGCCGAUGGGGAAGAUAGCGUCGUUUUAUUAUUUAUCGCAUAACACGAUGUUGAUGUUUGUGCAAUCACUGGAAGAAAACUUGUCAUUGGAUCAGUAUCUACAUAUACUCUGCAACUCGCACGAAUAUAACGAAUUACCUGUGAGACACAACGAGGAACUGUUAAAUGAGAAAUUAGCAACACAGUGCCGUUUUCCCGUGGACCAGUACACUUAUGAUUCGCCGCACACAAAAGCGUUCCUCUUGCUGCAAGCACAUUUCUCAAGGCUUCCAUUACCGUGCACCGAUUAUAUCACCGAUCUAAAAUCAGUACUUGAUCAAGCAAUCAGGAUAAUACAGGCAAUGAUCGACACAGUCGCGGAACGUGGUUGGUUAAUUAGCACACUGAGGAUAACGCAAAUCUUUCAAAUGAUCGUGCAAGCACAAUGGAUCGAUGAAUCUGCGAUUACAACGUUACCACACAUAAAUAAGGAAGACUUGCAUUUGUUUUCACCAUUCUCAGGGGCUCUUCCGAAGUUGUGCUUCAUUACGCGUGACGAUUACAAUAGACUCGAGAAGAUUUUGUGUAAGAACUACUACGAAAACGAAAUACGCGAGAUACAUCAAGUAAUUAGAGAAAUGCCAUCAAUAACCGUUGAUUUGGCAUUGGAGAGUUCUCGGGAUGUCAAUGAGAAAAGGAAGAUAACAUUGACGCAUGAAGAGAAUGAUGCUAUAUUAGUUCGAUCAGAUACGGAGUAUACAUUAAACAUCGGGCUGCGAAGGAUACACCAUUCUCGAACUUUAAAAGCACAUUGUCCAAUGUUUCAGAAGGGAAAGGAUGAAAGCUGGUUCUUAAUAUUAGGCGACAUUCGUAAUAAAGAAUUGUUGGCUCUGAAGAGAGUAUCUGGUGUAAAUAGCCAGCACAGAUCUCAUCAGUUGCAGUUUACCACUCCUCACCAUUUAGGACCGACUAAGUUGACGUUCUACUUGAUUUCCGAUUGCUACAUCGGAUUAGAUCAACAGUACAAUAUUUGUCUAAAUGUAGCAACCAAUUAACACAUAUUUAACAAUAACCGAAUAAUCAAGACUGAGGAACAGGUGAUAUUGUAUUCAGCUACAGCGACUCUUUCUAUAUUGACAUUAUAAACGACAAUUUAGAGGAUUUAGAAGUAUUAAUAUAUUAUUGAGAGAAACAAAAAAUGAAAUUUGUUACAACUAUGCGUAUAUGACUAAGGAAUAUUUAUUGCAGGUUGUGUACAGAAACUUUUAUAUUUUUCUUCAUGUAAUUUUAUUACACGUCUAUGAAACAAUAUAUAGAUAUGGAUUAUACUACUUUUUUUUCAUACAAAUAUAAACCUUAUUACCUCAGUAUAUAAAGAUAGAAAAAGCAACACGUGUGCAGGAUCAGUUAUACAAUUCUGUACGAUUAUUUCUUUCCUUUUCUUUUUUUUUCUUUUUUUGUUACGAAACAGUUAUUUAUCUAACUGGAAAAUAAAUUGCUUCUUGCACAUCAUUUAUUUUGGUUGUUCUGGUGUGAUAGUGUUUUGCGGACCAUUUAUAAUUUUGAGAAAUAAUAUAUUGUUUGACGCGGUAGUUUGUAAAUAAUGUAAAAACAAUAAAUAAACAAAUGAAUUUCAAGACUCGCUGUA